AUGGAUUCCAGAUCAAUUAAUUUAAACGCAUUCUUUACACACGAAUUUAGUCCCCAGCCAGUAUCGUUAUGCAACAAAAAAAAACCUAAAUUACUAUAUCAAUCGUCAAAAUCCGUACUGCAAAAAGUGUUGCAAGAAAAAUUUGAUACUGAAUUUCUGGGAUCACCCAGUUGGACAUCUGAUUCCAACGAAUCGGCGUUAGCUAUGGAUGGUGGCUUAUUGUUACAACAGUAUCCACCUCGAGAAGCGAAAAAAACCAUUAGCGAUUAUGCUGCUGAAUUGAUAAAUCGAUUUAUCAAAGAACAGUUCAACAAUUAUGAUCGAACUGAUAUUAUUUUCGACUCUGCUGAGAGUAAACAAUUAAAACAAUUUAUUGAACGACACGGUACCCAUGCGACGGCAACUCAAUAUAAUAUUAACGAAGGGUCUAUCUUGCCCGUGGGUGAGGAGUACCACAAAUUAUUACGUUUCAAUCGUACUGUUGUUGCAAGAGCGGUGCGAGAUGCAUGGUUAAAGCUGUGGAAAUUAUUACCUGAUGAUAAAACAAUUUUUGUGGCUGGUCCAGACGAAAAAACUUAUUUGUUGGCUAGAAUUAACUAUGCUGAAGUUCCUGAAUUAAUGUCAAAUCACGUGGAAGCAGAUACUAGGAUCUUUUUACAUAUUAAACAUAUUUCAUCUUUCAAAAAUAUUUUCCGUGGGUUAUGGUAUUUUAAAUGUUUUCUCUGUAGCACAGCUUUGCUUAAGAUACCUUCAACAACAAUUAAUAAAUUUAAAUUUCUAGCAUUGAACCAAGUUAGAACUGCUCAAGCAACAGCACAUUUGAGGUCCACCUCAUCUGAUUCGUUUUUAAAUACGUUGUUACCCACAACAGAUGCUUUUGAAUAUCAUUGCAAACGUGUUGGUGUUCAGGUUUUGAUUUGGUUUCAAUCCUUAUUCAACAAUAUCGAAUAUCCAGCACUAAUUGGCAAUGGGUACACUUCAGUUGACGGAGAAACAGUCGUAGAAUGGAAAUCUACAGCAUCCAUGCCUGAUACAAGUAUAAUGAUAACAUGUGGUUGCAAGACUAGAUGUAGUACGAAAAAAUGUAAAUGUUUCAAACAUCAAUGUAAAUGUACAAUCUUAUGCAAGUGUGAAAGUUGUGAAAAUACACAUGUACACGAUCAGCCUAGUUCAUCAUCAAAUUCUUCGCAGAAGGACGCUAAUAUUAAUGAAGAUAGAUUUGAAAAUGAUUUUUCGACAAAUAUUGAUAGUAAUCUUAAUGAUGUUUUAUCGGACGAAGAUGAGACGCGGGUCGACGAAGAGGACGAUAACGAUGAGGUAAUUCGUUAUUCAAUCCGUUCAGAAUCAUUAAAGUUGCUAAAAGGUUUGAACGGCGGCUAA